CCCCGCCCCCCGUUUCAACCCCGGAAGAGAAUUCAAAACAACCUGUGAUCACAUGUGGCGUGGACCGAGAGAUUAGCCGGCGUUUCUGUUCAUUUAACGCGUUAUGAACACAGCAGAAGAGAUGACAUUACAAGAUGACGUGUAAUCAAACGAGAUAAGCGGGUUUAACUAACUCUUUUUAGCGCUUUUGAACGUCUCAGUACAAACAGCAUGGUGCGGAUGACAGUUAGCCUCACCCGGAUUACAUCACUGCUGGUGCGUAAAGGCUCCGGGACUCUCCUGACUGAUGGGUGUGGACAGAGACUCACCCCAUCUGUCUGAAGGAAGACCAAACAUUCUGCAGCCGAGGCUCGGAGACCAUCGGCAUGAACCCGUCCGACCAGAAACACUUCACGGCCGCAGACUAUGUGAUAUUUGCGCUCUUGCUCGCCGCCUCCAUCGGCAUCGGGCUGUACCAUGCUCUCUCAGGGGGGCGUCAGCGCACCACGCAGGAGUUCCUGCUGGCGGACCGGAGCAUGAGCUGUCUUCCCAUUUCGCUGUCGCUCCUCGCCUCAUUCCAGUCUGCCGUGGCGAUUAUCGGCGUACCGGCGGAAGUCUACGCUCACGGUACUCAGUACUGGUUCAUCGGCUGUGCCUACUUUCUCGGUCUCCUCAUUCCCGCCCACGUUUUCAUUCCCGUGUUGUAUAAACUGCAGCUCUCCAGCGCUUACCAGUAUCUUGAACUGCGCUUCAGCAAAGCGGUGCGUAUCUGUGGAACCUUGGCCUUCAUCUUUCAGACAGUUGUCUAUAUGGGAGUUUGUGUGUACACUCCUGCCUUUGCACUCAAUGCAGCUACUGAAUUUGAAUUAUGGGGGUCAGUUCUGGCGACUGGACUCGUGUGCACAUUGUACACAACAAUAGGUGGCUUGAAGGCCGUCAUCUGGACAGACGUCUUUCAGACUGUGGUGAUGUUUGCAGGGCAGCUGGCUGUCAUCGUGGUAGGCGUUCAUCAGACUGGAGGCGUGUCCGAAGUCUGGAGGAAAGUCCGGGAGGGAAACCGCAUCGCUGCUCUGGACCUGAACCCAGAUCCUACCGAGAGACACACCUUCUGGACUCUGGGGGUGGGCGGGGUCUUCCUCAUGCUGUCCCUGUAUGGAGUCAACCAGGCUCAGGUCCAACGGUAUCUCAGCGCCCGCACGGAGAAAGAGGCUGUCAGGUCGUGCUACAUGGCGUUUCCCUCCCUGCAGUUGUCUCUGGCUCUGAGCUGUGUGAUGGGACUGGUCAUGUUUGCACUUUACUGUGGAGAGGACCACUCCGACAAGCUGGCCACCUCUUCAAAGGAUGCGAUGGUGAUAUACUUUGUGAUGGAUAUGCUGCAAGGUCUGCCCGGUCUACCCGGACUGUUCGUUGCGUGCUUGUUCAGCGCCGCUCUCAGCACCAUCUCUUCUGCUUUUAACUCUCUGGCCACCGUGACGAUGGAAGACCUCGUCAAACCACAUUUCCCCGCCAUGACGGAGGCGAGAGCCACCCUGCUGUCCAAAGCCUUAGCUUUGUCCUACGGGCUGCUGUGUAUGGCCAUGGCCUACUUCACUCACCUGAUGGACGAUUCCGUUCUCCAGGUGGCUUUGAAAAUCUUCGGCAUGGUCGGCGGUCCCGUCCUCGGCCUGUUUUGUCUCGGGAUGUUCUUCCCGUGGGCCAACGCCACCGGGGCGCUGGCCGGUUUGGGAACCGGUCUGGCUUUGGCGUUCUGGGUCGGCAUCGGGAGCAUCGUCGCCCGUGGUUCCGGCGCGAGGCCGCUGCCGGCCGGCUGCAACGCGACGUCUGCACUUCAUGCCGCAUUCGCAAACGUCACUCUGAGCCGACCGUCUGGGCUGCACCGGUUGUAUUCGUUGUCCUACAUGUGGUACAGCGCUUUCGGCUGCUUCACGGUCAUUCUAACCGGCCUGGUCGUCAGCUUCCUCACAGGCCCGAUGAAAGAAGAAGAUGUGACACCGGGCACCAUCUAUCCCUUGAUGGGGAAGCUGGUGUGUUUUCUACCUGAACAUCUCAAAAAGAAGCUCUGCUGCGUGACUCCUCUGGGACAGACGCUCCCAGCUCAACACAAAGAAGGCAACGGACUGGCCUCGCCACAAGAGGACGGAGCAUCGCGGGGAGAGGCGGACCGAUUUCUUCCUGAGCUUCGAGCUUCGGCUCUCGUGGAGCACGAAACCACCGUGUGACGUCGCAGUUUAACGCGUUUUCCUUGUGGAGUUGUGAUCUAAGGACAAAAUGUGAAUGUGAGCGGAGCGUCGUCCAGGCAACACAAGAGAAGACGCUGCAGCUGAGCCUGUUGUUCUUCUACAGAACACAGUUUACAUGCAUAUUGGUCAACUUCAGGUUUCACCAUCUCCGUCUGUUACUGGUGUGUGGACAUGUCUUUAUUUUGUAUUUUUUUUAAAGACUGUUCAAUUUGAAUUAUUUAAAGUCCCGUGAACUUAAGAGCCAAAAAAAGAAAAAUGUUUUCUACCGGUAUUGAUUCUAUAUGUUUAACUACUGCAGCUGUGUGAAAGGUCCUGUGUGAGAACGUAUGAGUGCAUUUUGGUCUGUAUUGCAGCUGAAACACUGAGAAAGAUAAAAAAACGGUUUUGUAGUUAUCCCAUUUGCAUUGUCGGGCCCUUUUUAAAAAUGUUUAAUUAUUUUUUUAUUUUUUAUUUAUGCAACUGAAAAAAAAUAAUUUCAAUCAUAAGUCUCGUUCUGAAAACUCACAUCACAUUACAUGUUGGAAUCAUCCAAAUAUUCGACGACGCUUUCUGUGCACAACAAACCCUGACAACAUGGCCACUCCUCUUCCCAUCAGUCAUAAACACAAAGGGUUGUAUAAUAAUUCCAGCAGGUCUAUAAUAGUUUUAUGAGUGGCUGUAAUUUCAUGCCUCUGCUGGUUUUUGCUUGUGAUUUUUCUGUGAGAUCCCACUGCACCUACGAACAUAUUUAAAAUGCAGAAAUAUCACAACUGUGGAUUACCAAAAUAAAAACUGAUACUAAAUACUAACACACUGCAUACUACGUACUGCAAUGCAUUGUGGGGCAGUUGAGUGUGCAGUAAACUAACGUAUCGACGGCCCAAAAGUGUUUGAGGGCUCCCUGGCAGACAUGUUGAGCCCUUUAUGAACCUUUUCCGUGAGUCAGCAUUAUAUGCAGACUUUGCCCAAGGGAAUUACCCACAAUUCAUUGCAACGUGAAGUUAAACACAAGGUAACCAGUGGAAGCAUGGGGACGUAAACAAAGAGGGCGGCACGUGGGUGUUCAACCUGGUGAAUGACAAUUAACACAACAACAUUAAGGAUAUUUCAUUUAGCCUUUGAAGCUCUCGUCUCGUGUGGAAAGAGCCCGAAAGACGUUCAAAUCAAUAAAAAGUAUAAAAUAAAUACCCACAAUUGUACAUCA